AUGAGUACAUUGGGCUCUGUAGAAUCACUGUCUUCAAAGUCGAAGAAGAAGGACAAGGAAAACAAAGGUACGAAAUUUAAUUUACAUCAAACAAACAAUAAAUGGAAAGUUGAAUAAUAAAAUAGGCCAGUUAAAAAGAAAAGAAGCAACAUACAUUAUACGGGCACAAUAACUAACUAGUCCCUUACGCAUUCUGCAAUAGUAUAACCCCAGCGGAAGCAGUAGAGGUUUUUUCGUUCUCUUGUUAGGUGUUAUAGCAACAGAAUAGCCGUGUGACUACUUAUAUCGUCGGAAUAAAUUAUGGGUCAUUUUAGUUGCGAACAAAAAAUCGUGCUCGUGAAAAUUGAUGCAAUCUCACAAAGGCCUUAUUAAACCGAAACGUAGUUUAGUUCGGGGAAAUUUAGACAGUUUUGCCAACCGGUUAGUGGCAAUUUAACACGAAACGUUGGUUGUUGAAAAGUGGAAAUACGUCCUAUUUAUAAGUUAAAUAUCUUUUAUGGAAGAACUAAUGUCAAGUUUGGAGCCAAAGUGUCCCGCUUUUAAAACCUUAUUUUAUGUGGUGUUCACAUAACUCACAGGAGAACUUCUCAGCUACCUCGAGACCUGAAUUGAUAAAAUAUUGAAAAAUACGAAGAUAGUGAAUUAUAUACAUAUAUGAAAAGAGUUGUUUUUGUCUAAUACCUAACUUGAUGUGCCUGAUGCAAACAGGCUUGCCUUGAGUAUUUAUCUUUUUAGAUCAAAGCCAUAUUUAUUCAGUAAAUUGUUUAUAUAUCAAGUGUCAUUCUUAGCUGAUACUCAGAAAGUUCUAGAACCCUAAAAUCUUCCUAGAAACAACAACAAAAAAAUAUGAUAUGUCACUUUGUGUUUCGACGUGAUUUCAAAAAAAUUUUCGAAUAUGAACUAUAAAUAUACGUAAAUGAUCACACUUCACAUUUAUAUUCAAAAUGUUUUGUGUUUACUCUUCAUAUGUUAGAUCAUGUUAAUGAAGAGGUGAAACAUUAAGAUCAAUUCGGGGACAGAGGCAGGUAUCGGUUGGUCUAAAUUCUUUUUUUCCGUCUUUUUGUUCCGUAAAAGGAAAGAAAGAGAAGAAAGAGAAAAGCAAAAAGAGAGAUUCAAAGGCUGAUUUAGAAACUGACGCCGAAGCUCGUGGUGAAACGACCAAAUCAAAGAAGAUGUUUGGCAUUUUUCGAAAAGGGGGAAAGAAGUCCAAAGAUCCACAACAUGCGAGUUCUUCAGAGAGCUUGAAUGUCACAAAUUCAGCUGAUUUCGGCAGCACUGCGAGUGAUUUGUCGCUCAUAGGAUCAAGUGUAUCAACAGAAUCAACGACAGUAGAAAAAGUCGAACCUUCUCAACAAAAUGCAGUAAACGAAAAUGCAAAUGUCAAAUUACAAAGUAUCGCUACCGAGAGUAAAAUUGAACCAACACUCGCAGACUUUGUUUACCAAGGCAAAGAAAAGACGACUCCACGAAAAGCAGAUAAAGACGACUCCUCGCCAAAACAACACAGAAUCAGUGAGAAAUUACAGGCAACACGGCAACCAGAAACUGACACCCUGCAACAGAAAACAUCCAUCAAGAAAUCCCAAGAAGAAUCGUUUGAGAUACAAAUGCAGUCAUCUACCAUCACCGUUAAACCAAACGAGGAUAGAGGGAGUGGACCUAGAGAUAGCGACCCGGAUUACAAGGAGGAAAAAGAUUUACCACAAGCCCACUCGCUGGAGGCAAAAGUGCAAAACGACACUCCAUUCAAUGCAGAU